AUGCCUCCCUUACCAGGUGCUAGUAAGAAGAAAAAUCGAGAUGGGCGACGGUCUCGUAGCAGGAAUACCACCCCAAGCUCGGUUCUCAGUGCUGGCACUGCACCGCCAGGCCCGACAACCACUCCUCUCCUCGAGUUGGAAGUGUCCAAACUCCUGGUGCCUUCGAAGCCAAAUUAUGCAGAGAUCAUAGACCAUCUGGAUAACCAUGGCUCCAAGUUGGAGCCCAAGUCGUUGCACGAGAUCAUUGAUCAGUUGAAGCAUCUCAGCGAAUCGGCCGAAAAACGCGCCGAAUCAUGCGAGAAAGCCAUUCGACUCAUCCAUGAACAGAAAAAGAACGUGGAGACGGAUCAGCAAGAUCGCGACCGCCAAGCAGAGCAGGCUCGCCGGGCGAAGGCGCGCAAAGAGGAAAGCCACUCCCAGAAGAAUCCCAAGGCAAAGAAACGCAAAGACAGACCUGAGACUGUGGACAAUGUUGAGAUCAAGAAGGAAGAUGAACCUACGAAGACGAAACUGUCCCGUGCCACACCCGGGCCUCUGGACAGUCCUUCUCCUUCAAAGAAGACCAAACUCAGUCCUGGUACUUCAUCGUUAUCUGAAGUUGCUGAUUCACCAGAAGCCGCAGCUGCCAGCGCGCACGCCUCCCCAGCCAAGUCGGACGUGUCCAUGUCUGAUGCUGAAGACACCCGUGUUGUUCACCCGCCUGUGCCCCAACAAGGCUUCUUCCCCGACCCACUAGCGCCUGACCCUGUCAUCUACCACAUUCGAGAGGUGACGCCCGGCAUGUCUGACGAGGAGAAGAAGGAGAUUUACAGCGUCACUGCGUAUCCGACAAAGGAUCUGAGUGAUCAAGUCGCCGGUACACCGCCUGACAAAGACUUCAGCAAUGCCAAACCUACCAAUCAAGUCGCUGCCAACACGUUCCUUACCUAUGUCGAGCCCUUUGUCCGACCUCUCACGGAAGAGGACAUUGCGUGGUUGCGCGAACGAGGUGAUCGAACAACUCCAUUUCUCGCAGUGCCCCGAGGCAAGCGUUCCUAUCAAGAGAUUUGGGCAGAAGAAGAUUCGGGGACAAUUACCGUCGAGAAUGGCGUUGACAAGCUUUCCUUGAGUGGUCCAAGGGGGAACGUGGAACAGAUCAACGAUGAAAAUGUCGCGACAGAUCAGAUCUCAACUGGACCGCUUGCCAGCCGACUUCUCUCCCUUCUCAAGUUCGAGCACCGAUCACCGCCGACUGAUCCCAAUGCAACAGGCGACUUGAACACUUUCAUGGCUGACGGUAAUGACACUAUGGAUUUGGAUGGGCUCACCAACGGUCAUGACACCUCUGAGAAGCCACUGCCUCCUGCAGCAGCUGUGGCGGAUCAGGCACCUGCAAAAUCUUCCAAUUCUCAGCGUCUUGACUAUGUACAGAGUGAGGAACGGAUCAAAGGCGAACUCCGACAUCUUGGUCUCCUGGGGCAGGAUGAGAAUCCCGACUACGAUGAUCACCAUGACGAUGAUAUCAGCGAACGACUGCGCCUGCUUCAGGGAGAGUUACGUCGGGUCAUGGUCGUGAAUGGGGCUCGCAAAUCUCGCCUGCUCGAUCUGGCUAAGGAACGGCUCGCGUUUCAGGAAUACAGCACUAUCCAUGAAGAUCUUGACAGCCAAGUCCAACAAGCCUAUCUUAAGCGGACUCGUACGUUGGGGAAGACAAAGAAGGGUGGCCCAGGAGCUAAUAAACCGCGACCGGGCAGCCACGGCGUGGGCGGACCUGGCACAGCAAUGAGCGUCAACAGAGCUAGGGACAUUGGCGACUCAGCCCGGAUGCUUAUGGAUCGCAGAAGGAGAUGGGAGAACUGCAUCGGACCGGUCUUCAAAGAUAUGAACCACGGCAUUCCCCCCAAGGGCACUACAUUGUGGGAUCCAAAGAUCAUGGAAGCUUAUGAGAAAGCCGAGUUGGAAGCUCUCGAAGAAGAAGCAGAAGAAUGA